CGCUCUUUCUUGAGACGCGCCUCGCUGAGAGUUUUACUUCUUCUGCGUUCCUGUGUGGCACUGCGGUCAGUGGUUUCCGCGUGGCCCGGAGCGAGGGUAGGCCCCGCGUAGCUUCUUUGCCCGGCUCCAAGAUGGACGGCAGCGGGCGGCCCCCGCUCGAGGUGCGCGUCGCCAUGGCCGCGGUUCCCGAGUUGUUGCAGCAGCAGGAGGAGGACCGCAGCAAGCUGAGAUCUGUAUCUGUGGACCUGAAUGUUGAUCCCUCGCUUCAGAUUGACAUACCUGAUGCACUCAGUGAGAGAGAUAAGGUCAAAUUUACAGUACACACCAAGACCACGCUGCCCACGUUUCAGAGCCCAGAGUUCUCUGUUACAAGGCAACAUGAAGACUUUGUAUGGCUACAUGACACUCUUACUGAAACUGCAGACUAUGCUGGGCUUAUUAUUCCACCUGCUCCUACAAAGCCUGACUUUGAUGGCCCUCGAGAGAAGAUGCAGAAACUGGGAGAGGGUGAAGGGUCUAUGACCAAAGAAGAAUUUGCCAAGAUGAAGCAAGAGCUGGAAGCUGAAUAUCUUGCUGUCUUUAAGAAGACUGUAUCCUCCCAUGAAGUCUUUCUUCAGCGGCUGUCUUCUCACCCUGUUCUUAAUAAAGAUCGCAACUUUCAUGUUUUCCUGGAAUAUGAUCAGGAUCUAAGUGUUAGGCGGAAAAAUACCAAAGAGAUGUUUGGUGGCUUUUUCAAAAGUGUGGUGAAGAGUGCUGAUGAAGUCCUUUUUUCUGGAGUUAAAGAGGUAGAUGACUUCUUUGAGCAAGAGAAGAAUUUCCUCAUUAACUAUUAUAAUAGAAUCAAGGAUUCAUGUGCAAAAGCUGACAAAAUGACCAGAUCGCAUAAAAAUGUUUCAGAUGACUAUAUCCACACUGCAGCCUGCCUGCAUAGCCUGGCUUUAGAAGAGCCCACAGUCAUCAAAAAGUACCUAUUGAAGGUUGCUGAGCUAUUUGAAAAACUUAGGAAAGUAGAGAGUCGAGUCUCCUCAGACGAAGAUUUAAAGCUGACAGAGCUUCUCCGAUACUACAUGCUCAAUAUAGAGGCUGCUAAGGAUCUCUUAUACAGACGCACCAAAGCCCUCAUUGACUAUGAGAACUCAAACAAAGCUUUGGAUAAGGCCCGCUUAAAAAGCAAAGAUGUCAAGUUGGCUGAGGCACACCAGCAGGAAUGCUGCCAGAAAUUUGAACAGCUGUCUGAGUCUGCAAAAGAAGAACUAAGCAAUUUCAAACGAAAGCGAGUGGCAGCAUUCAGAAAGAAUCUGAUUGAAAUGUCUGAACUGGAAAUAAAACAUGCUAGGAACAAUGUCUCCCUCUUGCAGAGCUGCAUUGACUUGUUCAAGAACAACUGAUCUGCCUUUUCUCGGAAUGAAGGACACGAAUGUGAAAGAAAGCCAGCGUCACUUGCACUUAAAUCAUUACCACAGAAGAUUUAUUACCUUUGACUUUAGUUUAAAAUUAUGUUAAUAAAUAUUUUGAUUUCUAAAAAUCUUAACACUUAACCAUGUUGGUUUAAAAAUAUUUCUACUACAUGCUACUUUGACAUAACUAAUCUUUUCCAUAUGCAUUUAAUGGCUCAAAGUGGGUAGAAUCUAAAUACUGGGUUCUCUUAAAAAUGGGUGCAAGAAACAUGUGCCUUCUGGAAACAAGUACAGGUAUAAGCAAUUGCCUGGCACAUGUAGUCUCAUUGUUUCAUGUGCCCAUAUCCAGUUAUUUUAGAGUAGGUACCAGUUACACUAAAUUCAGCUACUUGUUAUAGGUGACAACGUUCCAUUCUUAAUUAGGUAACUUCCCUUUACUGUCAUAGUUCUAUAGUCAUCUUAAGUGUUUAUACAUAACGAGCAAGAAAAAUCUCAUCUUUAUAUACCCUUUGCAGCUCCAUUUUGUAGGGAUAUAUUUGAGAAAAGAAUCUUAAGGGUAUAAAACCCAAUAAUAGGACACCUUUAGAAAAUGGCCAGAUCUACAUUAAUAAAGAUGUGAACAUGCUCCCUAAUGGGGAAGGAUGUUAGUGUUUGAACUUUUUAUAAAGUGUGUAAUAAAAUGAUAAACCACGAUA